AUGCCCGCCACCACGCUCCCCGACGAUGCUUGGUCGCAAGGCCUUCAUGCCCUCAAAGACUCGACCCGGACCCAUCUGACCGAAUCCGAGACCCAAUUCGAAGAGGCCAUGGUUCAUGCCGCCUUUCAUUUCAUCGCUGACACGACUCAGCAACUGAGGCAUGACGACAGAGACAACUGGGAAUGGCACCACAGAGCGAUGUACGAUUGGAUGCUCCAGACCGUAGAGCUAGCCCAUGCUGGUGCUCUCGCCCCUGGAAGCGAAGCCUGGGCAGACGAGGAACCCCAUAUACGACAUGCGCUCGUGAGAUAUCUCGAGACCACUGAUAAUGAGUCCGCACGGCUCACCGUGCGCGUGGGACAGAAUCUUGUGAAAAUCUUUCGAGGCGAGACAACUGCGUUGGAGCUGGUCAUGAAGGACAACCUGCUCAACCGGUAUUAUAUGGAGUAUCCAAAGCUGAGGGACCGCACCUACAAGCAUCUCCGACGAGUCGUCGAGCUGUAUGGGCGCGCCUGUCCGGACGCUAGCAUCUUAGAAAUCGGCGCAGGAACUGGCGGCGCCACGAAAAUUGUCCUGCAGGCUUUCGACACCGUGAUCGAAGAGCAGGACGAAGAUCGGUACCCGCGCUACACCUUCACCGACAUCUCGGCGGGGUUCUUUGGGGCGGCCAAGUCGAAGCUGGCUGUAUGGACACCGGACAUGGACUUUCAAAAGCUCGAUAUCGAGAACAACCCCGAGGAACAAGGUUUCCAGCCCGGUACCUUCGAUCUCGUCAUCGCGUCGUUGGUGCUGCACGCCACUAAGUCCCUGCACCGGACGCUGGGACAUGUCCGCCAGCUGCUGAAGCCCGGCGGUAAGCUGUUUCUAGUGGAGACUACGCGCGAUGUUACCGACAUGCAGUUGAUCUUUGGUCUUUUUGAAGGGUGGUGGCUGAGUGAGGAUCAAGAUCGGAAGUUGAGCCCGAAUGCGCCUACGAAAGUAUGGGACAAAGUGUUGCGUGAAACCGGCUUCACUGGCGUGGACUUUGACAUUGGGGAUUGCGAAGAGGUCGUCUAUCAAUCUACCAGCCUUAUUGUCACGACUGCAUCAGCGGUCUAA